AUGUCCGGCGCACCUGUGCUCUGCGAGGAUCUUAAAUGUCACUCAUCUAUCCAAGGGGCUUUCGAAGCUAAUGCACCCCAUUUCUGGCAUCCGAAGUCUUCGCUAGAAACGCUCCUUUAUCUCAUCUUUCUCCACCUUCUCAUCCAAGCUACCUCUUCGUAUGGAACUCUGCUUAACUAUACCAUAGAUGAUACUCCUGGUGAUACGUCUAACGCGGAAGGCGGGGUGGUGUAUGACUCGUCUUGGGCAUCGUCUACGGACUGUGGUCAUGGGGUGUCCUCAUCCAGUGAAGGCAAGCAUCCGGCAUGCGGUCUUCUAUUCGAUCGUACAUGCGCAUCAAACGGGACUUGGCACGCCGUGCUUGGCGCAGGCAGCAUGAGCAUUCUCUUCAACGGCUCGUCCCUUUCCGCAUACUUCAUCGCUCCAAGUGUGAUAUUAAAGCACGAUGGAUCGGUUCCAACACAAGUAGGAAUUAACGUAUCUUUCAUUCUCGAUGGACAAUAUUCGCAUGACUUUGUACAUGUCAACCAGUACGGAACACCCGAAUAUAACCUUGUCGUAUUUACAAGCACUUCGAUGGUGGCUGGGGUCCGUAAUCUCACGAUAGUGAGUUCGGAUUCGCUAGUUAGUAAAGGCGUGUCCCUCCGGACUGCUGCGAUCUUUGAUUAUGCAGUGUAUACUAAUGACGAUGGAGCUGGUAUGGUAACCGAAGGCCUCCGUACUGGAAUGGUUAUAUUCGGCACCAUGGUUGGGUUGGGGAUGUGCUUUGUGGUGGUCGUGCUCGCUCUCUUCCUUCGGUUGCGUACUCGACAGCGUAAGGCGCUUUUGAAAGUUGACACAUGGAAGGCUCCAUUGCCUAGCCUGAGUGUCACAAAUGUUGAUGGUGGGAAGACAGAAGUGAUUUCUCAGUCGCCUCACUGGGAACGUUUCGUUUGGCAAAAUAGAGGAAAUCGAACGCAUGGAACCAGCACAUCUACGGCUCAUUUGCAAGAUACCUUGCAUUCUCCAAGGUCAGGAUCACGGUUCCCUCUAACGCAACUCCGUCGCGGCAGCGCAUCGCGCCUCGAGGCAGGCGUGAACCCCAUCCCCAACACGAAUCCUCCUCCAAGCGUCCGAAACUCACUCAUAAAAGGUGUAGAUGACGUCUUGCGCAGAAACGCUGUUGAGUCGCUUGAUGAGGGGUAUUUCCGGAGGCGGAGCACGCUCAGUCGACUCGGGAUUCCCCUUGGCGGGAAUUCAGGUAUAACUGGUACGCGUGGAACGGAAUCAAGGCCUGAGACUGCUAGAAUCCACCUCGCACCAUCCUCCUUAUAUCUCAGCUCACAGCUACCCGGGCCGUCAAUAUCAACGACGGUGACGAAGCGUCGCACGACAGUAGGACACCGACCCGAUGGUCGUGCUACUUCAAACUCAAACUCGAGUCUCCGCGUCGGUGUCGGCUCCUCGUGCACCAACACACCGGACACACAAUUCCAGAUGCAACACGAUCAAGCACUCAUCAGGCGACUUGAGGCGGAGAUACAAGUACUUCGCACGGAGAGAGAGGUCAGACUUGAUUUGGCUCGAUUCGAGCUUGGGUUUUCCGGGGACUGUGGGGAGGAGUUACCAAGUUACGAUUCGGUUGCCUGA